AUGGACGAAGGGAAGGUAGCCUUCAUCACCGGCGGAAGUGUUAGCUACCGCAUCGCCAUCUCGGCGAGACGUCAAAAGGAGGGCGAGGCAGCGGUGCAGGCGCUUGACCCGUCCGGCCCGACGGCCAUGUUCGUGCCCUGUGAAGUCUCUUCCUACGACCAGCAGGUGGCAGCGUUCAAGGCCGUCUGGGCCCGCUGGGGUCAGCUGGAUGUCUUUGUCGCCAACGCUGGCAUGGUGGACUCCGACUCCAAAUACAACUUCACGCGGCGGAAUGCUCCUGUUGACGAUAUCCCGCCCGAGCCACACACAAGCACGGUCGACGUGGAUCUUAAGGGCGUGAUCUAUGGAACCGUCCUUGCCGUGCAUUUCAUGCGCCACAAUCAGGGGCUGGCAGCGGGCGGGUCGCAGCAACCACGGGGGAGGAUCAUCGUUACAGGCAGCGGAUUGGCGCUCAACAUCGGUGUUACGUUCCCAGAAUACGCUGCGGCAAAGGCUGGGGAUACCCACUGGGUCUGCACCAUGGCUCCGCUGCUCCUGCGCAAGGACAACAUUACCAUCAACAUUGUGCACCCUGGCGCCUACGACACGACCAUCUAUCCUGGCUUUACGGACGCCUUCCUUCCCCAGCAUCUCGUCGUUAGAGAAACUCUCAUUGCGGCGUACGACCAUUUCAUCGAGAAUGGGACCAGGGCUGCUGCGCAGCGGACGGGGAUGGUGGUCGAGGUAGCUCACGACAAGCUCUUCUUCCAUGACCUGCCCGAGGACAAGAGCGGCGACGUCGCACGUCGCAACGAGCUGCCUUAUGAGCCCUGGUUUGCGGGUUUGCAUGGCGAGGCCAGUGAUUUCCCUCUGGCAAUCACUCGGCCCUUUACGCAGGAGGAGAAGCAGGGCAAGUAACCCACCGUGUGGCACAAGGUUAUCGC